CGAUCCAGCCCUGGACAGUAAUCGAAAUCGGAUGGCGUCGAUUACUUCAACAUCUUGUGAAAUUCGCGCAAUCCCGGAAAAUAUAAAUAUCCUUAAGGAUGAGCACCUGGAAUCCGGAGAACGAUGUGGACCUGCUGUCCUGCUCCGAGGACGAGGAGGAUGUGGCCAUGAAGCGCGACUACCAUGGACGCGAAGCCCUGCUCUUUGUUGUGGACGCCAAUCUUCAGACCGCCGGAACGGAGAGACUAAUGGAUGCGCUGAAUAUCAUUCGGACAGCAUUUACGUCCGGAUUGCUGGUCAGCGAUAAGGAUCUAAUCGGUCUCGUCUUCGCCAAUACCAAACACAGUCCCCUGCCGCUGGAAGCGACGGCCAUUGACAACAUCGUUGUCCCUGAAAAUUGUGCCGUGUUUCUGCCACUUCGGCAACUCAACAAGGCGAUUGUGGAACACUAUCUUGAGUUCAUGGGCGGCGUGGAGUUACAGUUUGCGAAAGAGUACGGAUUGGCGGAGCCAGAUGGCUGCGGUAGAUUCGAUCUGAUGAUACGACUCUGCAUAGAGCUGCUGGAGAAGUGUGGAAAGAAACUGAACAAUGCCAAGAUCGCCUACAUAACCGAUGUGAACACGCCGCACCCACCCUCCAGCAAUGCAUUCCAGGCGGCGCUCCAGAAAGCUACCGAUUUGGAGGGCAAAGAGUUUGAGUUUCAUGUUAUUCCUAUGGUGGACGACUUCGAUUACGAACCGUUUUAUAAGGAGUUUAUUACACUCUCAAGGGCUAUCGACAUUGACGCUUUCCAGGUGCCCGAUCCGCACGUGCUUCGCGAGAUAUUGGCUGACCGUAAACUGAAGCAGGACUUUCUGCGACGCUGCCUUGGCCAUUUCAGCUUUUACAUUGGCCCAAACCUUAGCAUGUCCGUCCAAUACUACAACUACUUUCAGAAGCACAACUACCCGAAAAAGGUUCAGAUUCUUCGUCGCGACAACAACGUGGUGCGCAGCAAGCGAGUUAUAAUGGUGCAGCAAAAGGACGAGGAGUCGCAGGAGGUGAAGCACGAGUACCAGAUAAAGGCCACGGGGGGAUGGUACAACUGCAAUGUCGGCGGCGAGAAUCUGCGCAUCGGUAUAGACAAGAUAAAUAGUGUGCGUAAUCUGCACAAGCCGCGGAUGAUGCUUCUAGGCUUCAAACAUCGCUCAUCCAUGCCCGAAUUCAGCUAUAGUAAGCCCUCCAAUUUCAUGUACCCCGAUGAUCGGAGUAUAAUCGGGUCGAAACGUCUGUUUAGGGGGCUGUGGGAGCGUUGUCUGGCGCGAGAUAAAAUUGCCAUCUGCCUGUUCAUGAGCAAGCGUAAUUCCACACCCCGCUAUGUUGCAUUAAUUCCAGUGGAGGCUCCUGAGAGGGGACAGGACACAAGCUACCGCUCUCUGCUCUGCGGCGAUGGGUUCAAGAUUGUCUAUCUGCCCGAGGCCAAGCACAUUCGGCACAUCGAUAUGUGCGACUGGAACAGUGCCGGAAAUUCGGCCAGUGAUGAAGGCGUCGAGUUUUUUCAGAAGAUUAUCAAAAAGCUUCGCUUUGACUAUCAGCCCAAUCUUAUCAAUGACCCGAAUCUAGAAGCUCUACAGGCGAACCUGCUGGCCCUUUCGCUGGACUUUACUUCGGAAAAUACCGGAAUUGAGAAUCUGCUGGACAAAACCCAGCAAGACAGUCGCAUCGAGAAACUCCUGCCUAGUUACGAAGAGAUCUUUGAACAGGAGGUGGAGCCAGCCAAGAAGCGUCCGGCCAAAUCCGUGAAGGAAGGGGCCACAGCCUCAAAAGUGGCUAAAAUCGACAUGGAACAGAUUAAAAGCUACGAUUUUGUAGAAGAACUUAUAAAGAAUAAGCAAAUAGCGAAUUGCACUGUCGCCCAGUUGCAGAGUAUUUUGGACGAACACUUUGGGCAAAAGCUGCCAAAGUCAACAACCAAAGCGAAACUGCUUGCUAAGAUUGAGGAGUUGAGCUCAUAAGAAGUAACACCAAACCCUAGGAUCCUAAGAUAUAAAGUGAUAAGAUGCUUGCAACUGUGAAGUUUGGAUUUAUAAUCAUUAAAGAUAUUGUUUUAUUGUUAAGUUUAUCAUUCUUAAAUGCAUACAUUAUGUUAAAAUAAAAAUUGUUUCUACUAUUUAAAAUAA